GUGGAAUAUAAAUCCUUUUCAAAAAUAAAUUUCACAGUUCACACGUGAACUGCUUUUUUGUGAAAUUCUUAUCAAAAUUUAGUUUGUUAGUUAAUUUAGCUUUACUUUAAGAUGUCUGGCAGGGAAGGUAAGUUUGCGUUUUUGUUGAUUUGAACUGUACUUGCCAACUUUUUGAGACAUCCAUUGGCCAUGGCCCUCGGAAUCUGUAUCUGUUGAAGAAUCAUAGUUGGUAUUCCUUUAAUACUUUCAGGAGGUAAAAAGAAGCCUUUGAAGCAGCCUAAAAAGAAAGCACAAGAAUUAGAUGAGGUUUCUAUUACUAAUUCAUCACCUCAACCAUGAAAUUAUCCAUCAUCACCACCAUGGCACCAUUAUCACCAGUGUAUAUCAUCACCACAUUUACCAUAACCACCAUCAAUAAUGUCAGGCCUUAAAAUAUCUUUUACAGGGCCGUCUGACAAAAUGUCCGGUGACGUUUGUUCGGACAUAUGUCCGAUGACCUUCAGUUCACUUUUGACUCGGAAAUAAGUCUGAAUGACCCACAAAUGAAUGAACGGUAAAUGUUGUAAAGAUAUUAAAUUAUUUGUUUCUUUCAUACUUAUUUCCAAGCCAAAAUUAACUUGCUUUCCAGAACAGCGGUAUUAAAAAAGACUUCAACAACUUAAGCCCGUUUUCCACUUCACCAUUUUGCUCGCCGCCCCAUGCUCGACUAUGUUAAAACAACAUUUCCAGUUGACCUUUUAUACAAUAGUACUCUGAUUUUCCAUUUAACAUACAAGCGUCUAGUCCUGGGCUAGGGUACAUUUUGAUUUACGUCGGACAAAGCUACAGUUCGGUCGGACACCAAAACACUCGAGUCUGACAAACAAUAAACCUCAGUUUCACUUUGGUCGGACAGAAUGUCCGGUGGUUUCCUUCCUACGUCGGACAAUUUCACGAAUGGGUCGGACAAUGUCUGUGACCGACCGAUAUUUUAAGGCCUGAAUGUCCUCAAUCCAGACUGCGGAGUUGGUCAACAUCGCACUCAAUAUUUUUUUAGGCAAAAAUUUAAGCACACCUGGGUUAUAUUUUCUAACAAUUUUUGCCCUUGAAGCUGUGCUUUGCUUUCCUAGCAUUUUUUCUAAUAUUUGCGUAGCCGAGAUCUCGUAGAAAAGUGCCCUGCAGUCUGGUCCUCAAUUAGCCAUAUUUACCUAAAUAAUUUGACACUCAAAUAAAUUUAAUUUUGUAUGUAUGUAUGUAUAGUUUUCACCACCAUCAUAACUACCAUCAUUUCACUACUAUAUUUCAUUACCAUAAUUUAUAUCACCACAUUUGUCACCAUUAAUUAUCAAGUUAUUGACUUGGACUGCUUUUUAGGAUGAUGUAGCUCAGCAACAGAAGCGGAAGGAGGAACAAAAGAAAUUACAAGAGGCAAAAGCCAAAGCUUCUGGGAAGGGACCAAUGGGUUUGUACCUUAUUCCAAUAUGGCCGCCAAAUAAGAAGAGGACAACAAAUAGAUUUUGUCCUGCAAUGGUAGAAUGGACCUAUUACCUAAAGAACAAAAUUUUGAUUUAGACAAAAAUUUUAUCACAGCUUGUAUGAAAGAGCAUCACAAAAUUAGUAAUAUUCCGAAGUUUCGUUGCGAAAUGUUGUAAAAUGCGGAUAAUAUAGCCCUGCGAAGUUUGCCGUUUUUUCAGUCAUUUUGUAUUACGCACGGGAAAUAGAUACUGCUUUCUGAAAAAGGUAAUAGGUCCACAUGCAUUAAGUUAAAGUUUCUGUGAUCACAGUACAAGUUUUGUGUAGCAGGGUGCGAUCAUUCAAGUUUUCUAGUCGUACCUGACUGGUACGCCAAUGGUUGUUGCCGCGUACUUGCGCUAGAACAAACUCAGUACUCAAUAUGUACUUAGUCCCCAAAAUAAGGUUCAUAAAGUACAGGUUUCUGAAAAGUAUGUUCAGACUACAAGGUAGCAAACAGAGUGUUUGGCUAUUUUAAAAGGGAGUUUUGCUAUUUGAAACGGGAGUUUUUGCUAUUUGAAAAGGAGGUUUUGCUAUUUGAAAAGGGUGUUUUGCUAUUUGAAAAGGGUGUUUUGCUAUUUGAAAACGGAGUUUUGCUAUUUGAAAAGGGUGUUUUGCUAUUUGAAAAGGGAAUUUUGCUGUUUGAAAAGGGUGUUUUGCUAUUUGAAAAGGGAGUUUUGCUAUUUGAAAAGGGUGUUUUGCUAUUUGAAAAGGGUGUUUUGCUAUUUGAAAAGGGAGUUUUGCUAUUUGAAAAGGGUGUUUUGCUAUUUGAAAAGGGUGUUUUGCUAUUUAAAAACGGAGUUUUGCUAUUUCAAAACGGAGUUUUGCUAUUUCAAAUUAACCGACUCCAACGUUUCUUAGUGCCAUCAGUGCAAUCAUGUUUAAGGGUGUUUUGCUAUUUGAAAAGGGUGUUUUGCUAUUUGAAAAGAGGGAUUUUGCUAUUUGAAAAGGGUGUUUUGCUAUUUGAAAAGGGUGUUUUGCUAUUUAAAAACGGAGUUUUGCUAUUUCAAAUAACCGACUCCAACGUUUCUUAGUGCCAUCAGUGCAAUCAUGUUUAAUGCCAAGACAUCUCAGACACAUGAUAUACCAACUAAAUUACGGUAUUGAAUACCUUGUACUUGGAAAGGUCACGUGCUACCAGCAAAAAAUAAGUACGCAGAUAGCAAGAGUUUCGCGUACCUACAUGGUACGUGGCUGAAAACAAAGAAGUACCAGACAGUAAUAUUGGCGUACCUCCGGUACAUAAGUACGCGAAUUAUCGCACCCUGGACUGUAGCUAGGUCAGUUUCCUCGAAUAUUUUUUACAAAUCCAUCAAAACUUUGCCUUCAAACCAAGCUCUAUUCCACGAAUUUUGAAAUUUACUCACACAAAUUUUUUUCAUCAUAGGUGGAAGUGGAAUAAAGAAAUCUGGCAAAAAAUGAUACUUACUAACAUUUAUUUUCGUAUUUUAUCUGUUAGGUGUUGGGUAGCUAAAUUAGAAUGGUAAUAGACAUAAUAUGUAGAUAGCAGUAUGCUUGUUAUACUGGGACUAUUUAAUGUACACAAACUAUUAUCAUUACACAUAAACUUUCAUCUGCUUCUACAGAACGUUGUGCAAUCUGCAAAUCUGUAUUGUAAAUUUGUACUCAAAAUCAUAUCUAGAAAUAAAGCAAACUUACUUUUGGAAUU